ACCCGGAAUUGGAAACUCCUAUUGUAUAUUGUUCGGAGCUCCGGCACCGGCGUACAAGCUCCAACCGUGGCUCCCUCGCAUCCGCCAAGCAACCUCACGCGUAGAAAAUCAUCCCCAGCGUCCGCUCUAUCAGCCGCCUCGGGUCGGACCCGAAUUGUGUACAGAGAGUCCGUCGGCCGAUCGUCUGGUUCGGAUCUGAAACUUCCGUUUUGGCAGAGCACUUGGUUCAUAGUCCUGUUGCUAGUGAUGGCUGUCUCUUUUUUCGGCCUCGCGAUUUUCCUGCUGCUGACGCUCGACUCCGAUUAUGCGACGACUCCAGUUUCUGCGGCCUCGGAAGGUAUAACAUAUGGUUCUGUCAUCAAGCUGAUGCACGAGAAGACAAAAUUCCGUCUCCACUCGCAUGAUGUACCUUAUGGCUCUGGCAGUGGCCAGCAGUCUGUGACUGGUUUUCCUAAUGUUGAUGAUUCUAACAGCUACUGGAUUGUGAAGCCUACAGCAAAUUCUGCAAAGCAAGGUGAUGCAAUCAAAAGUGGAGAGCUUAUUAGGUUGCUACAUAUGAGAACUAGGAAAUGGCUGCACAGUCACUUGCAUGCUUCUCCUAUAUCUAGCAAUUUGGAGGUUAGUUGCUUUGGCAGUGAUGGGGAAUCUGACACUGGAGAUUACUGGAGACUCGAAAUCGAGGGAAGUGGAAAGACUUGGAGGCAAGACCAAAGGAUCAGGCUUCGCCACGUAGACACUGGUGGGUAUCUGCACAGUCAUGACAAGAAAUACACUCGCAUUGCUGGGGGCCAGCAAGAGGUUUGUGGUGUUGGAGAUAAAAGAGCCGAUAAUGUGUGGUUGGCAGCUGAGGGCGUGUAUCUUCCCAUUACUGAAGGCAAAUGAACCAUCGGAAAAGAUGAUACAAGUGAUCCAGCUAAUCGUAGCGUAGUUUAUCUCUCUUAUCAUAUUACAUGUUUUUGGUAUUUCACAUCUUCCCCAUUCUUCUUGUUAAUGUCUGCUGCAGUUAAGAGUGAAGGUAAUGCAAUUUUACACAUAUUUUUUAAUUGAACUCGGCAACUACAGCUAUGCCUUGAGCUUUGAAUAGAGCAACUCCUGGAAGUUUUAGUGUUUUUAUCUUUUGGCUUUACUGUUAUUAAUUGGCUCUGAAUCAUUAGCUUUUAUCACGAUCACUCAGUAUUACUCGG